AUGACCCACAUGCUGCAUGCGGCGGCCCGGCGGGUGCAAUGGGACAGGACCAGCGCUGCGAAGAGGGCUGCGUGCCUGGUGGCUGCAGCGUAUGGGCUCAGGGUCCUCUACCCCAUCAUCCGCAGGCGCAUGAAGCGGGCGGGCUGCGAGGGCGGCCCACAGGCUGCCGGCCGGGCUGAAAAGGGCCGGGAGGCCCCGCACCGCGCCGGCAGCCGGCAGAAAUCCUCCCCGACAGUGGACGCAGAAUUCUUCCAGCAGCUGCUGGAACUUCGCAAACUGUUCUUCCCAAAGCUGGUGAGCUCCGAGCUGGGCUUGCUCUGCCUCCACUCAGUCGCUCUGGUUUCCAGGACCUUCCUCUCCAUCUAUGUGGCCGCCCUCGAUGGGAAGAUUGUGAAGAGCAUCGUGGAAAAAAAGCCCAGGAGCUUUGUCUUCAAGUUAAUCAAAUGGCUGAUGAUUGCAAUCCCGGCCACGUUUGUGAACAGCACCAUACGGUAUCUGGAGUGCAAGCUGGCCCUUGCCUUCCGCACACGCCUAGUGGAUCACGCCUAUGAGACCUACUUUGCCAACCAGACUUACUACAGAGUGAUCAGCAUGGAUGGGCGGUUGGCCAACCCUGACCAGUCCCUCACCGAGGACAUCAUGAUGUUCUCACAAUCCGUGGCACAUCUCUACUCCAACCUCACCAAGCCCAUUCUGGAUGUCGUGCUCACCUCCUACACCCUCAUCCGAACAGCACGAUCCCGGGGGGCUAACCCCAUUGGGCCCACAGUCCUGGCUGGGCUUGUUGUCUAUGCUACAGCCCGUGUGCUCAAAGCCUGCUCACCCAAGUUUGGUAAGCUGGUGGCUGAGGAGGCUCACAAGAAGGGCUAUCUGCGCUUCAUGCAUUCACGCAUCAUUGCCAACGUGGAAGAGAUUGCCUUUUACCGAGGGCACAAGGUAGAAAUGAAACAACUGCAAAAAAGCUACAAAGCUUUGGCUGAUCAAAUGAAUCUCAUUUUGUCCAAACGUUUAUGGUACGUCAUGUUAGAACAGUUCCUGAUGAAGUAUGUUUGGAGUAGCUGUGGUAUGAUUAUGGUCGCUGUGCCCAUCAUCACCGCAACAGGAUUUGCAGAUGGCGAAUUGGAAGAUGGCCAGAAACAGGCAAUGGUUAGUGAAAGAACAGAAACUUUUACUACAUCCCGAAACUUGCUGGUCUCUGCAGCAGAUGCUAUUGAAAGAAUUAUGUCUUCAUACAAAGAGGUAACUGAGCUAGCAGGCUACACUGCCCGUGUCUACAACAUGUUUUCAGUCUUUGAUGAGGUGAAGAGAGGCAUCUACAGAAGAAAUGCUGUUAUUCAAGAGUCUGAAAACAGCAAGAAUGAAGAUAAAGCAGAACUGCACAUUGAAGGGCCCUUAGAAAUCAAAGGGCAAGUUAUUGAUGUUGAUCAUGGCAUUAUUUGUGAAAAUGUUCCUAUUAUUACUCCGAAUGGCGAUGUGGUGGUUUCCAGACUGAACUUCAAAGUUGAGGAGGGGAUGAACCUUUUAAUCACUGGACCCAAUGGCUGUGGAAAGAGUUCACUCUUCAGAAUUUUAAGUGGUCUGUGGCCUGUGUAUGGAGGAGUUCUCUACAAACCCCCUCCACAGCAUAUGUUUUAUAUACCACAAAGGCCCUACAUGUCCAUUGGAACACUACGUGAUCAAGUCAUCUAUCCAGAUACAGUGGAUGACAUGCAUGAGAAAGGCUACCAAGAUCGAGAUCUGGAGUCUAUCCUGCAGAUGGUUCAUCUGUACCACAUAGUUCAAAGAGAAGGAGGCUGGGAUGCUGUCAUGGAUUGGAAAGAUGUCUUAUCAGGAGGAGAAAAACAAAGGAUGGGCAUGGCUCGGAUGUUUUACCAUAAGCCAAAAUACGCAUUGCUGGAUGAAUGCACGAGUGCUGUAAGCAUUGAUGUUGAAGGAAAAAUAUUCCAAGCUGCAAAAGCUGCUGGGAUAUCCCUGCUUUCUAUUACACACAGACCUUCUCUUUGGAAGUACCACAGUCACUUGCUGCAGUUUGAUGGACAAGGUGGCUGGCGUUUCGAGCAGUUGGACACUGCUAUCCGCUUAACACUGAGUGAGGAAAAACAGAGACUGGAAUCCCAGCUUGCAGGAAUUCCUAAAAUGCAGCAGAGACUGAAUGAACUGUGUAAAAUCUUGGGAGAAGACUCAGUGCUUAAAACAGUGGAUGAAGAGGAAUAAAUAAUUUAUGUUUAUUUUUAAAAAGUAUUUUUUUAGUUAAAAUCAUUACAACUUCAGCCAUUAUCCUUUGCAUGCAUUGUGAUAGAGGCUUAGAGCAUAGAGAAACACAGCCAGCAGAAAAUAAUGCUCUGGAUGCUAUGUAAGGCUUUAGUGGUUUAGUAUUAAGACAGAAAGUGGUUGAACUGUGAAAAGAAAAUAAGCAAGUGCACAGAAUAUAAGAUUCGUCAUUGCAGCUUAAGUUAAUUCCUAGUGAAAGCCCGAUUCACUGCAAAGAACUCCCAACAAACUUAGGUUUUGUAGGUGAAUUUUUGCCUGAGAUUUGGCCUGCAGAAUGUGCUCUUGUACCGGGUCACUGUGUGCGUAUGAUAUGCCUGCUACGCAGAGCAAACCUGGCAUGAAACUCAGGCAUGGAGCGCGGCAGAGGCAGCAUCUGGGUGAGUAUGCAGGUGCAUGCAAAAAUCUCAUUUGGGUACAAGAAACAUUCUUUCAGCCCAUGUAAAACCCAACUCCUCUUCUACUACUGAAUCGUAUACACACCUUUACCUGCAUUUCCAUAGGAAAUAACAUAAUAGGCUGACAAGAAGACAACUGUCGGAGCAACCCACUGCCUUGUGACAGGGAAGGAGUGAUAGAGCUAAAUAUGUAAUAUAUUUGUGCUGUACUUUAUGACAUUAUGCAUAGCUUCAGAGGCUCUUUGCCCUUCAUGAUACAUGAGUUCCUCUGGGGGAUUAUUUAUGCCCCCUAGUUGGUAACUUCUGGUAGGGUGGAUGAAGCACUGGGCCUGGCCUCAAAUGACUUAGUUUUCACUUGACUAAGUCAUUCAUCUGCUCCAUGGGUCUGAUCCAGCUGACAUCCAUCUCUGACCCAGUUCCUCCCUUGGUAAAACCACAAUAUAGACAGUUGUUUGUUACAUGGGACACUUUGUGAGGGGAAGGACUGUAGGAGAGCAAAAUGGCAGUUUCUAAGAAUACCCUGAAUUCUCAGGCAUGGCUGUCCUGCCAAUUCAAAUGCUCAGCACUUACAAAGGUCUGUGAAAAGUUAGAGCAUUUUGUAACCACUCAUUAAUAUGCCUGUGAUAUUUUGGUAGAGUGGCUGAACACUGCCCUCCUCAUGAAAAAACACAUCAGUGAACUACUGUGCUUUCAGGUGCACUCACUGAUUGUCCCAUCUGCUUUUCGGUUCAGUAGGAACCUGGUCCCGCUCAGUCAGAAGGUGCGUUAAACAGAAACCCCUACGAUAGUGCUGGCCCCAGUGCCUUGCCAGAGCCAAGAAUGAAUGAGAAAUAAGAUGUGAAUGGACUGAAGAGAUCUUGAUCUGCUCUCUCUGACUGCAAAUGCCCAGCAAAUGUGUAGCUCAGGAAGGAUGAGAGGCUUUGCAGAUGAGUAAAUGAGCCUUAGCUGAGACGUAGCAAUCCUGAAGUUUAUUGAUUCUUUUUUUCCUAGAAGCAUGAUUUCUUAGGACUUUUCUGCCUGGUGUGCUUGGUCUGAGAGGGGCAAUGUGUGAGAACUGUUAAGAACUGUUAAAAGAGGAGAAAUAUUUUUGUGGUAUUUGAUGAGCUGGGAAUGUUUGAGGAACCUGAAGUUAGGAUAAACUGUUCCUUUUUUCUGUUUGUUUCAUGAACAAGGGGAAGGUGAAUUACCUCCAUCCGGCAAAUCCCAGCCCAGUGCACUAACCAUUAGUCCAUCUUCCUUCUCACUUCUUCAUUCCUUCUUCUGUGCUUGUCUUGCUGCUUGGUACAGCACUUACACCAGAAAAUGGAGUAAGUCUGCUCCUUGGCCUGCUCUUCAGAGUCUGUUCUUGAAUGUAAACCUGUAACUUGUCCUGGUGACUCGAGUUUUCUCUAUAGAGUCCCAUGGGACAUCUCACUGAUACAGAAAGGACUGCUCUUGGGAACCUUUGAAAGGGAUGAGAAAUUGAGGUUCAAGAUAAUAAGACGUUGUGCUGUAAAGUGCAAUCUGGAGAUCACUGCUGCGGUGGAUGACAUGUGCCUGCAGUUUGAUUUGCGAGAGUCUCUGCUUGUCCCUCUCCCCAAAGGCUGUUUCUUCCUUCUCAUCUUCAAAGCAAAGUUCAGAACUGCUAAGUUAAAAAGAAGUCAGCCAAGAAUCUGUUCUCGGUGAGCAUGAAUGAGAUGACUGAUGGUUUUAAAGGCUUGCACAUUUCUGAGUUAAGAAUGAUGAUGAAUCAGGCAUGCCCUUGUCCCAGCUGCAGUGUAUCCUUCUGCUAGUGCAAAGCACCCACAAAGUCAGCUAUCCACGAGCCUCUGCCAAGGCAGGAGCUGAGGUGGGGGAAGGGGCAUUACUGUUCCCCACCCCUCCAUUAAGCACUUUACCAUGUGGCUGGGAGCUAAACCUGGGUUGUUCAGUCCCUGAGUGAGGAGGACACUGAAAAGUGCUGAACAACAAAGUGCUGAACAGCUGGCUCCAGGUAUGGCCCAGCCUCCCACCAAAGCUCUGCCAUGGCACUUGGCUUGUUGGGAGCUAUUAUGAGCACAUGCAGUACAGAGAUGGCAGCUGGCCACAGCACACAGAAACACAUUUUCUGAGGGAAUCGUGUUUAGUAGAAGAAAGUUUGCUGCUUUUUUUUUUUCUUUCAUGAGAUGAUGUAUUAAACAUACAGAAGAUAUGUAUGUUACUGAUGAAAUUUUAAUGAAAACUGAAAUCGCACCACGAUCAAUGUAAUGGUAUUUCUCUUCAAGUUUGAUACACGUAUUUCUUGGAUCCAGUAAUAGACAUGCCCAUUCUAAUUCAGUAAUGUAAAUUAUCCUAGCAUCUCACUCAGCUGUUUACAUUCUUGUAGGUGUGACAAGAACACUAGAGGCUGGUGUGAGAAGAAACCCUUCUCCAAAUAGGAACUUCCUGAGUAAUACCAGGCCAGUCUUAGAAGGAUUUUCUGCACUGGUGGAUUAUUAUAUUUGAAGUUAGAUUUGUGACUAGAAGAGAAGCUGCCCUGGAGAUGUUCUCUGCAAGCUUCCUGAGUUGUUCCAAGCACUCAUUGGUAGGAGUCUCUGGUUCUAUUUCUGGAGAGUUCUAUCUCUGAUAUAAUACAGGGCAAAAGCCAGCUCAUUUUAUGCUGCCUUGGACCCAGCUGGGAAAGCAAAGCAGAGGUGCAUGCUCCCUGCUCAGGGAAUAGCUCAGGGAGAUGCUGUUCUGGAGCCAAGGUGCAAGGAGUGCUUGGUCUUUGCGGUGUGAGAGGGUCAGAGCAGGGCAGGACGCCUUGGUGCAGUCCUUUUCCAUGGUGCAAUGAGAGCUCCCCAUCAAUGUCUAUUCCCUUCCUGGCAUUCAGGAGCUGUGAUUCCCCAGGGACUAAGGAAGUGACUUUUUGAGCUUCCUUCUGCCUGUCCUAUCUAGCUGAAGCCAGCCAGAUGCAGCUCAUCAUGUCACAGCAUCUGCGUUCAGAGCUGGAUACUGCAAAGUGCCCGUGCACGUAGCCACCUGUGAGCACCCUCUCAUCCAUCCCUAGGACUCAGUGGACUUGCCUGGGACUAAAUCCUGGAGGAGUACAGGUGCUGAGCAACAUUCAGUCUCCGGCAUGGAGUACCUGUACAGUAAAAAUAUGAAUUAUCCACUUUGUUUUUCAGAUAAUGCUGGGAUUUUUUGCAAAAAUGGGAGGACUUUUUUGUGAGUGGGAUUUCAGUAUUUUAGUCUAGGAGGAGUUUGUUUUUCGGUUAGUUUUGGGACCAGACUCAUUCCUGCUUUAGACUUGGAAGUCCUCCUUCUGCAGGGGUAGAAAAGCCCACAUAUCUUUUAAAAGAGUUUUUUUUUAAAUCAGUGAGAUUUGUAGUUGAGUGAGAAAUGAAGGACUGGGUAUUCAAUGGGAUUUUUUUAGGGAAAAUUGCAAUAAGAAUUACAUCCUAAAGCAAAUGAACACAUCCACAUUCCCCUCAAUGUGUUUGAAUGAUGAUAAUGCAUGUCAAAGUGAAGUUUACGAGCCUGUGAUCAGAGAUUUCAGUUGUAUAUAGAAUGAAAUCCCCCUACUGAGCUGUUCAUGAAGCUUAAGAGAACCGAACUGCUAAUUGAAUGUGUCUUUGUUUUGUUUAUGUUUGAUAUUAAUGCCUUUUAAGAGCAGACAAUUUAUAAAGCAAUAAAUUAUGCUUUACAGUUGUAAUUUAUUCCAACCUCAAAUAAAACAUGUUGCAUUU